AUGGCGGCAACGCUACCCUCGGAAAUCUCCAUUUCCCACAGCACACAUGACGCUCUCCCUCGGUGUCGUGUGCCCAGCAAAUCCGCCCUCAUCUCCGCCAUGAAGGUGAGCUCCCUUCUCGCGUCCUCCCAUGACGGCAGAGCCGUCCAUGCUCGCGUCGUCAAGGCCGGACUGGGGACCGACAGAUUCGUCGCCAGCUCCGUCAUCAGCUUUUACUCUUCCUGCUCCGACUUGGACUCUGCCCGCAAGGCGUUCGACGGAGUUCUUGUUAAGGAUGUUGCGCUUCAGACCGCCUUGCUCAUCGGCUACGCCCAGAAUGGUGAAAUUACCCAAGCGAGGGCCUUGUUCGAUGGGGUGAUGGAGAAGGACGUUGUUGCUUGGAACGCGAUGUUGAGUGCUUACACUCACUGCGGGCUCCCGCAGGAUGCUCUCCAACUGUUCAGGGAAAUGCAGAUGUCGAAUUGUAGGCCGAACGAGGUCACGCUCAUCGGUGCCCUCUCGGCUUGCUCUCAGAUAGGCUGUCUUGCUUUGGGUGAAUGGAUCCAUGGUUAUCUCAGGAGGCAUCCGGAGGUUAGGCGCACGACGACGCUGAACAAUUCCCUCGUGCAUCUGUAUGCCAAGUGUGGAAAGAUUAAUGCUGCUUUGGAUACGUUUCUUGAGCACGGUUCCAGGGACUUGGAGUCAUGGAACACCAUGUUGACUGGAUUCGCGAUAAACGGAUGCGGAACCAGUGCUCUCUCCCUCUUCUCGCAGAUGAUGAAGCUUGGGGUGAGGCCGGACAGGAUCAGCUUCGUCGGGGUUUUGAUGGCUUGCAGUCACUUUGGCAUGGUUGACGAUGCUCGCAGAUGUUUGGAUUGCAUGACAAGGUUCUACGGGAUCGAGCCAAGCGCCGAGCACUAUGGAUGCCUGGUGGAUGUUCUGUCUCGUGGAGGACAUCUAGAUGAGGCGAGAUCGCUACUGGAGAGCAUGCCGUGUGAAGCUGAUGCAUCUGCGUGGGGUGCUCUUUUAGGUGGAUGCUUUGCCCACGGCAAGUAUGAACUAGGCAUAGAAGCUGCUGUGCAUCUCAUUCAGCUCCAACCAUUGGAAGAAGGUCGAUAUGUAGCGCUGCAGAAUCUUUAUGCUAUGGUUGGUAGAACAGAAGAUGCGUUGAGGGUGCGAAAGGUGAUGUGUGAUAUGGGUAUCAGGCGGUCUUCAGGGACAAGUAUGAUUGAAGUUGAAGGCGUUGUGCAUGAGUUCUUAGCAGGAGAUUUGUGA